CAUCACACUGAAUUGUACAUUUUAUCAGAAUCCAGUUUAACCCAAUACACCAAGUACACCAGACAUGCACAUCUGAUCUUCAUCAUGAGAAUACAUUUCAUCGCUGCGAUUUUCGUCGUUUGCCAGAUUCCAGUGUCGCUUUCUGUUGAGGGCAAUGGACCAAAAGUUGACAAGAUUUCACCGGUAUCUGGUAGCGUCAGGGGCGCAACAGAAAUCACAAUAGAAGGGUCAGGAUUCAGCCCGAAUCCUUUCAAUUUUGGUCCUGGAAAUGAGCACCUUGGCAACAUGGUAUUCUUAGCAUCAAUGACGUCAUCGAUCCAAUGUGAUGUAAAUAUGUAUUAUUCAACCGAUAAUCGUAUUGUUUGUGACACAAGAAGAGCAUCCCCAGGAAGCUAUACAAUCCGUGUGGCGGUCGACGGAGUAUUCAUUGAAGAUAUUGGGGGACAAUAUUGUGACGAUAUGGAAUAUUGCACUUUCACGUAUUCCUUAGACAGGUCGCCGAAAAUUCUUUCAGUAACACCAUCGAUCAUCGUGCCAGGUACUAAAGUAUAUAAUACAGGCCAAGAAUGCAGCUUGUUAUACACAGAUGAAAAUGGGAAAGAACAACUAUAUGGUAUCACACUUGAUAGUUAUUAUAGCACUUGGGGUAAUUUCCAGUGUCGUCCAGGAGGUACAUUUAUUGGCUCACAGAAUGUAUCUCUGAUUGUUUCUGGUUAUGGACGUUCCUUGGCUUUAACCCAGUUGUUGAAAGUCAGUGCACAAAAUAAGCUGUACAUGUUUCAGACUCAUGCUGAAAUCAUCAAUGUUGAUCCAAGCGCUGGCAGUACUGAAGGUGGGACUCAUUUGACAAUUACAGGAAAACACUUUGAUACUGAUUCUACAGUUUUAGUAGGAGGUGUUCCUUGUAUCAUUGAUGACAUCACCACAACCAGCAUCACAUGUGUGACUGGAGCUCAGCCUGCAGCACAGUCACCAUAUCCUGGAAAUAGAGGACUACUCCGGGAGGUGUGGACUGGCACCACUGUCAACAUUAUUAGUGAGAUUGCAACCCUGAAUGACUCGUCAUCUGGAUAUUUUGAUGAGAUUGUUGUUGAUGGAUCCAGUGAGUCUGGUUCUGAUGCCGGUGACAAUUAUGUCUCCAGAUUGAGUGGAUAUUUUGUGGCUCCUUAUGACAGUGACUUUACAUUCUUCAUCGUAGCUGAUAAUGAGGCUCAACUCUACUUCAGUGAGACUGAGAAUAGGAGUGAUAAGCAACUGAUUGCUUCCUGUUCUUCACCUACAUCAAAUUGGUUUAGAUAUGAUGAACAGAAAUCUGAAUUAUUCUCUCUCACUGGUGGCACUAAGUAUUAUAUUGAAGCAUUGCAUAGGGAAUACUCUGGUGUAGACUCUGUAAAGAUAGGGGUCUUGGUUGAUGAUACUCCAUUUGUACAUAGCCAGGUUGAAUCUGCUGUGAAUGAAUUUCAGAGAAUACAAAUAUCGUCUGUGACAAAACAAGAGAUUCAGAGUGUCACACUCUUCACUGAAGAUGUGUUUCAAUUUGUGUAUGAUGGGAUUGAGUCGGAUCUUCUGUCACUAUCAUCUGAGGUUGCUGAGAUGCAAAGUGCCCUACUCAAAAUGUUCAGUGUACAGUGUUUAGAAACCCAGACAGCCCCAACUUGGUUCCUAGAUGAUUUUGAAAAUGAUAUUGGUUUAUAUGAAACUGGUGAGAGAGUUCAAGAUGAAGAGCCAUUUUGUGGACAGACUUCUUUGAAGAAUCCAACCAAUAUUUAUGUAGCUCCUGGUGAAUAUGGGUUUCCUGUUUCAGUGUAUAACACUGUAAGUCAUUAG